AUGCGACAUCAAUACCGCGCGCUGCAGUGCUAUCUUACUGCAACAAUUAGCGCGAUCGGCCUCCUUUUCGCGCUCGCCUGCAACUCCGUCGCUUAUGCCGAAACCACCCAUAGCCCCGCUGCAGAAAAUACAUCGAACCUGCGAGGGGCGAUCGCCAGUGACGGGGCCGGAUUCCCAGUUCCGCUAGACUCAUUUAAUGGGCUCGAACUCCGCGACAGUGCCGACGAAGAUGGCGAGUCAAAUGGGCUGGAUCUCGUGCGCAGAUACCCCAAUGCUGCGAAAGCGUUGGGUAACAAUCAGUUCGUAGCGGGCUCGCUCGAGAUCGGCGCUGUGGAAUGGUUCUACCUGCCGGCGGCCGUGGUGAACGGCAAGCACGGCGUGCAAGGCACGGGUCUGCCUGCGUUUGUGAAUGCUACUGAUGAUGACUUUGAAUCGCGCCAAGAGCUACGGAAACGAGACGAGGAUCUCGCGAAGCGAGAGACGACGACAGUCUAUCUGUCGCUUACGACCUGCAGCAAACCCCAUAGAAACACAACCAGUUCGCAAAGUGGAUUCCCGCAGCUGCAAGUGUAUGUCUCGAAGUCGGCGAAGCUGCAGCAGCCGGGACCGGGGGAAGAUGAUUCGCAGCAGGAGGUUCACACUGCCGUUGGCGGGUAUGUGGGAAUCACUAAGACUACCGAUAGCGAUGUCUUCAUCGGCGUCGCGGCUCCCAAUUCGACCGACUAUACUGGAGAUUAUACCUUCCAGAUUGCAGCAUCUAUCGACGCCUAUUUUCACAAAGUCGUGGAUGAUGACCCUAAUUUGUUUUUUAUCGACGCGGACGUGUCAGCCGCGCUGCUGGUGACGAACAAUCUCACCCUAUCCGCGAGCAACUCCUCCAAUUACCGUCAGUGGAUGAACCUCGUUCCUCCGUAUACUAUGUUCGCCCACAACAGCAAUGACACAUCGCUGAGAGGGCUGGAACGAUCGUUCUGCGCCCUCGAUGCGCUUUCCCAGGUGGGCCGAAUCAGCAAUUCCACCGAGGUUGGCAUGACCAGCCGCGGACUUGGAAACAAGCCAAAGGAGCAAUUCUACAUCACAGGACUGAACCAGAGUUCAUCUUACAGUGGGCUUCUGGCCAUGGUGGGCAAUUCGACUGCGUCUGGGAAUGGCAUUGUCGGCGGCGGCGGCCAGGUAUGGAAACCGAUGAACUUCACGACCAAAACAGAUGACAACUGUGCCGUGCUCUUCAACCUAACCUUCUGCUCGGAAGUCGCCUACGCAGUCCCCUCAAACCCAAGACUCAGCGUCAACAAGCUCCGCACAAUCUACGACGACUACGCAGCCUCCUACUACCAAAAUUUCAGCAACUCCCUCCAGCAAAUCCAAUGCAAAGCUCCCCCGGAAUCAAGAUUCUCCCUCGCCGUCGACUGCGACGACUGCGCAAAAGCAUACAAACAAUGGCUUUGCGGCGUCACAAUCCCCCGCUGCGCAGACUACAGCAAUCCAGCCACCUACUUGGCCGUCCGUAAUGCAGGCCAGGAGUUCAUCAAUGGCUCGUCUUUGCCGUCUGAUAGUCCGCUUCGGAAAUCAGUGGCGUCGAACUCGUCGCGAAAUGCUAUUAUCGAUCAGAAGAUUCGACCGGGCCCGUACAAGGAGAUCCUGCCUUGUCAGGAUAUCUGCCAUACGCUGGUUAAGGACUGUCCGUCUGCGCUCGGAUUCGGGUGUCCGGAGGGGAGGUUGCUGAAUUCUUCGUAUGGAUAUCGGAAUUCUGAUGGGAUUAUCACUUGUUCUUAUCUUGGGGCUGUGUAUUCUUUGAGCCUUGGGGUGAGGCUGGGUGCUUGGGCUUGGGUUUCUAGUUUGAUUGUUAUGGGGGUUAUGUUUUUGGUGUAG